AUGUGUCAUCAAUCGUUCGAUGAUCAGACCCAGGGUCUUUUCCUUCCACCAAUGCAGCAAGACGAGUCAUUGGACAGCGUACUUCAGCACCCAACGUUUACUUCAUACGAGCACGACUCUCUAGAAAGCCUCAGCCUUCCAUCUCCAGAGCCAUUACCGUUUGAUACUAGUGGCCCUCCGUCAACAACGGUCCCGACGACUUCGGGUCCCAACCAUUCUCACGACGUAUCUGCUCAUGCCAUUCAUCACUCUCAAGACUUUUCCGACGUCCUUCAACAACCGGCCUAUAAUUCCGAACCCUGUACUCCCCAGCCCCAGCACUCGACUCGCUCUAACAACUACUUCCACCAUGCCACCAGCAAUAGCAACGCCGGCUAUCCAUUCAGCAACGACCAUAUAAUUUACAACCCCGGCAUCCAUCAACCCGGAAUGUUCCCGCCACAACAUAUCCUCCACCAGCGCGCCCAUUCCCAGCCUCCAGAAGUGACCUUCUUCCGCGCUCCCCAUCAAGCCUCCCGCAGCACAACACGUACUCUAACCGGCGGGAUUCCGCUCUCGAACAACCCCGGCCCAGUCUACAACUCGGCUCAAGUCCAUCCACACGGCAUCCCCAUCUCCAAACCCGCCCCCCGCUACCGCGACCACCCUUACCGCAGCUCCAGCCGCAGCAGAAGACGCGACGGCGGUCCCACAUCCGCACCUCCCUCUAGGAUGAUGAGCAGUCCGCGCGCCAUGUCCUCCCGCAGCGUCCGCAGCCCGAAUAUGCAAGAGAUGCUGCACCACGGCAACUCGCCCAUGUACAUGCAGAUGCAGACGCCGGAGGGGCAGAGAGUGAGAGCGAGUAAUGCGCAGAUGAUAUCGGCGCUGGGCGAUGUGCUGCUUAACGCGGGCGGCACGGUGUCGCCGGGGCAGAUGGCGGUGGUGUUGGGGUUUGUGGAUGAGGUGGAGCGGAAGCAGAGGGAGACAUUGGCGGGGUGUGAGAGGAUUAGGGGGUUGUUUGGAAAGGGUGGCGAGGUGGAUGGGGAUGUUGAGCCGCUGAGACUGGAUAGGACGAGUGAGCCUUUGAAUGGGGUUCCGGACGUAGAAAAUUUGGCGGAGGUGCCGGCGAAGCAGGAGCUGUCGCCGGAUGUGGAUAUGAAUAUGGCUGGAUAAGACACGACUGAAGGACGCGCAGCAGAAGAGAACCGACCGAGAAAAUUGAAUGGAUGUGCGCUGGAGGAAUUGUGGUUAUGUUAUGUCAAGAAAUCAAAGCAUGAGGGAUGUAGCAAGUAGAUGUAAAUUGGAACAGGAGGAGUAUAACGACGUUACGGCAAUCAAUCAAUCAAUGUACAAUC